AUGAUUUUAGCCGUGUGUUCAAGAACGGCGUUACGAGCCCGAUCACUGGAACGCUGCGCUUCCAGUGUUGUCGAACUUCCGAAAUUAAAGGAUUUCGAUGUUCAAAACGAACCCGUACUGGGCUAUCGAGCGGGGAGCAAGGAGCGGACGGAGCUAAUUAACGAACUCAAGAGGACCGCAGCCGUCACCGAGGAAGUGCCGAUCGUAAUUGGCGAUGAAGAUAUUAAGGAUGGGGAGCCCCGCUAUCAAGUUAUGCCACAUGACCAUGGACGGAAAUUGGCCAAGUUUUACUAUGCCAGCGAGAAAACUAUCCAGAAGGCGAUCCAAGCGUCCACCGAGGCCCAACGGCGUUGGGAUAAAACGCCGCUCGAAGAGAGAGUACGCAUUUGGCAGAACGCUGCCGACCUGAUGGCGGGCGCCCAUCGCCAGCGACUGAACGCAGCCACCAUGCUCGGACAGUCCAAGUCGGUGGUGCAAGCGGAAAUCGAUUCAGCCGCCGAACUUAUUGACUUCUUCCGUUUUAAUGUUUUCUUCUUAAAAGAAAAUGCCAAGUAUCAACCUAUCUCUGAAAACGUGUCAGUUACAAGAAACUCGCUUAGAUUUAGAGGCUUAGAUGGAUUCGUUGCUGCUAUAAGUCCAUUCAACUUUACUGCCAUUGGAGGAAAUCUGGCCUACACUCCGGCACUUAUGGGAAAUGGUGUCUUAUGGAAACCCUCUGAUACAGCUCUGUUGUCAAAUUGGCGCAUAUUUAACAUCAUGAGAGAAGCUGGUCUUCCACCCGGUAUUGUUAACUUUGUCCCAGCUGACGGACCCACAUUUGGUAAAACUAUCACAGCCUCCUCACAGCUGGCUGGCAUUAACUUCACAGGAUCUGUGCCCACUUUCAAUUGGUUAUGGAAUGAGGUAGGAAAGAAUCUCAACAAGUACCAGAACUAUCCCAGACUCAUUGGAGAAUGUGGAGGAAAGAACUAUCAUUUUAUACAUCCCUCUGCAGACAUACAGUCUGUUGUAACGGGCACCAUUAGGUCAGCUUUUGAAUAUUGUGGUCAGAAGUGCUCCGCCUGCUCCAGAAUGUAUGUUCCCAGAUCCUUAUAUGAACCUAUUAAACAAGGACUACUUGAAGAAAGGGCAAAGUUGAAAAUUGGUGACCCCACAGACUUUAAGAUAUUUACCGGGGCUGUCAUUGAUGAUAAAGCCUUCGCCAGGAUUACAGGCUACAUCAAAAAUGCUAAAAAUAAUCCUAAAAACAAAAUCCUGGGAGGUGGAGAGUUUGAUGGAAGCAAAGGAUACUUUGUACAACCCACAAUCAUUGAGACAGUGGAUCCCUUUGAUAAACUAAUGACGGAAGAGAUCUUUGGGCCGGUCCUCACCAUGUAUGUGUAUGAAGACAGGGACCUGGAUCAGGCACUUGGCCUUGUAGGCUCUUCUACUAAAUUUGCCUUAACAGGUGCAGUAUUUGCUACAGAUCGGAAGUUCCUAGAAAGUGCUUUUGAAGAACUUAAAAUGACAGCGGGUAACUUCUACCUAAACGACAAGUCAACCGGAUCUGUGGUGGGCCAGCAGCCGUUCGGAGGAGGUCGCAUGUCCGGCACCAACGACAAGGCGGGCGGACCCAACUACGUGAUGCGUUGGACUACACCACAGUCCAUCAAGGAGACCUUUGUUCCUCUUAAAGAUAUUGACUACCCUUACAUGAGGGACUAA